AUGGGGCGAUCAAGAAGUCGAAGCAGGUCCACGAGUCGUACGAGGCACCGUGCAAAACACAAGAAAAGGCGCACAAGGUCGCGGUCUCGGUCUGCGUCUAGAGAUCGCGUGCAUGGCACAAGUCGACAUCACAGCAGAGCGCAAAGAUCCAGGUCGAAAGAUAGAAAAAGAGCUGCCAGGCGACGUUCAUAUUCUUCUAGUAGUUCAAGUAGUGAUGAAGACCUUAUUAUUCGUGCCAAAAGAAGAGAAGAAGAAGAAAAAAAAGCAGAGAUGGAACGGCAACGAAUAUUAAAACAAAAAGAACUAGAAGAAAAAUUAAUAGAAGAGGAAGUUGCUCGAAGGGUAGAAGAACUGGUUGCUAAGAGAGUAGAGGAGGAGUUAGAAAAGCGUAAAGAUGAGAUAGAAGCUGAGGUCAUGCGUCGAGUGGAGGAGGCUAAACGAAUAAUGGAAAAACAAAUGCUUGAGGAACUGGAAAGACAACGUCAAGCAGAACUAGAGGCACAACGCCAAAAGGAGGAAGAGGAGCGGAAAAAGCGAGAAGACCUUGAACGCAUAAUGGAAGAAAAUAAUAAAAAGAUUGAAGAAGCUCAGAGAAAAUUAGCGGAAGAACAGUUGAAAUUGGUUGAGGAACAGCGUAAAAUCCUUGAGGAGAAGCAAAGGAUGGAGGAAGAGGAGAGGAAACGAGUAAAACAGGAACAAGAUAGGAUUUUAAACAAGAAAAAUGCCCGACCAAAGUUAUCAUUCAGUCUGGGAAAAUAA